CCGCCCGCCUCCUCCCGCAGAAGGUAACCCCGGGGCUUGGGGGGGAGGGAGGCUGCGGCGCUCCGCUGGUGAUGAAAACCACGGCUCCGGCGAGUUUAAUCCUUUCUGAUAAUUUUUUCUUCCCGUUCUUUUCAGUCACACCUGCUCAAGGGUGUAGACUCCACUCCCAUAGCUCAAAGGCACAGUUUUUAAUGUGGUUUAGGAAAAUCCGUGUUUGAAUGUAGCUAAUAGCUGCUGUGGUCAGUAUUUCGGUUUGACAACAGGUGCAGCCAAGAACAGUUUAGAAGAGCUGUUUCGUAGUGGUUAAGUGGUGAUACACAGGAAGUUACUGCAUGCCUCAUGCAGGUGAGAUAGUCCCUGGGCUUUCAACCCACCUUUGGGGUGUAGGUUAUGAAGUGAUUGAUUUGGACUGAAGCAGAAAUUUGGAUGCGGCAGAGAAACUGUAAGGGAGAUGAACAGUAACAUCUGAUUCUGUGAAUCAUCACCACAAAGUUUUUGUGAAGUGAACACACAUUAUGACAUGUCCUGGACUGGGUAUUGGGGCUGUGUCAUGUAGCAGACUGUAGUUUUCCUGUGUGUGGGGUUUGCUAAAGGUUAUGGACGUGCCUUGGUGAAGGCAUUGACUCUGCUAUUCCAGACAGGCCUGCUAGCAGGAAACAAAGCUGUGACAUGGCCUCAGAGCAAACUUUACAUGCUUUACUUGAGCCUCAGUCACAGCAGAAAAUGUGCAGGAAAACCCGUAGCUUGAAGGAAGGGAAUCUGUUUUGAUGCAUUAAGAUGGAAAGUUGAUGAUGUGUAGCAGUUUCUUCAUGCUUUGCUUUAAGGGAAUGUGUGUAUUAUCUCUUAACUAUUGUAUUUAUUUAUUAAUACUGUAUUUGUAUAAUUGCAACUUUUCCUUUUUUCCACAAAAGCAGCUGGAAGCCAUUUGUGUCCAAGUUCAGCCAAGACAGAUGAAGGAAACUGAAGGGUCAAUGACAUCAUUGGCACCAAUCCAGUCCAAAACUAUAACGCUGAGUCAGCCAGUUGGUAGGAAAUCUAGCAUACCAGGAGCUGGCAUUAUUAAUCCCCAGUUAAUUAGGAUACAGCCUGUUUCAGGAACUGAGCAGCAGCAGCUACUCGUGCACAGUUCUUCUGAGUCUCCGCUUCAGUUGCUUAUGCAGAGGCCUUUGCCAUCUCAUGGGUCAGUGUCUGUGGACAAGAUUCCCCCAUCUAAGAUGGUGAAUGGACAGAGGGCUACUUGUGCCACAGCAUCGGCUUCAGGGUCUCCAAAUCCUACCAUGGCUGCAGCCAGUUCAGCAAGUACACCAUGCCUUGAAAAAAAGCAAAAGGAUGACAAGUUAAAGAAAUCUUUGAAGGUUAAAACUCGUUCUGGACGGAUUUCACGCCCCCCCAAAUACAAAGCUAAAGAUUAUAAAUUUAUUAAAAUGGAGGAUUUGGCUGAUGGUCAUCAGUCUGAUUCUGAUGACUACUCUGAGCUGAGUAUAGAAGAUGAUGAAGAAGGAAAGGUGAAGGGAAAGGAUGCAUUAUUCAGUUCUUCAAAUUAUAAUCUGAAACCCAAGACCUUUAAAUGUCAGACUUGUGAAAAAUCUUACAUAGGAAAAGGAGGAUUAGCAAGACAUUAUAAACUUAACCCAGACCAUGGACAGCUGGAGCCUUCACCUCAGAAAAUACCUCUAAAUAAGCCUAAUGGAAGUAUGUUUGUGGAAGAGGAAAUUAUGAGUCCAGCACAUUUGGAUUCAGCUGCUGUCACUUUAAGUCAUGAAAAAGCACUAGCUACCAGUCUGGAAGAAACUGUUGAUUCAAAGGGUGGAGAACAGGCAUCAGAGUCUGAGAAAAGCAGACACUUGUUGGCAGAACAACCAAAUGAAACCAGUUCAGGACACUGGGGACCUGUAACACCAAAAGCACCUGGAAGACCCAAACGACCAAAGAGACGUGGUCGACCCAGGAUGGGUGGAAGAUCCAGGGGUUCUGGAAGGCUUAGCAGACCUGGUCAGUCCCCUUCAAAGUCACUUAGUAGUGUGUCAGCAGAACACAAUGUAUUCAGAAGAAAAGCUAGGUUAAAAGAGCUAAUACAACAAUGUGAUAAUGAAGACUUAAUGGAGCUGGCUCUCCCACGUCUUACAAAGCUUGUUACAGUGUAUGAAUUCCUGUUGAUGAAGGUGGAAAAAGGACACCCAGCCAAAGCUUACUUUCCAGAUGUGUAUAGGGAGUUUGAAGAUUUGCAUAACAUGGUAAAGAAAAUGGCUUAUGAUCACCUCAGUAAUUCUGAUUCUGUGAAUUGCCAACAGCCUGUUGAAAUAAAAGAUGCUAAGGUUGCUGAAUCUCUAGGAAUCACAGAAAUACUCAGUGGAGAAGAGAAGAUGCAAGGUGCAGAGUCUUAUUCACAAUGUGUAAUUAAAAUGAGCUCAGGGGAAGAAGUGUUGCCACCAGCCAAAAGGACCAAGUUAGAAGAUGUAACAGAAAAUGUGAACAAUGCUUAUGCCAGUCAAGAUGAAGUGAAAGAAAGGAGUGGGAAUUUGUGUACACUGUUUGAAAAAGAUGGCUUUAAUCAAUUAAAUGGAGAAAUCCUGAUUUCAGAAGAUAGGCAUAUCACUUGCUGUACAACUGGAAGUACAUUACAGACAGCAGAGGAACAUAAUUCACUUGCUGAUUCAGGAGUUCGAAUUGAUGGUGAAAAUUCAGGUACCUUCUCCCAAACUGUGGAAAUGAGGAUAGAGUAUCCCCAGCCUGCAGGGAUACAGGGACCAGAUGUGGCAGGUGAAGCAUCUCUGCUGCAUGCUGAGGUGGUGCUGCCUGUGGGAGCAGGUGGCUCGGCUGGGCUGCUUCAGGCGCGCUUUGUGAGCGGGAGCGCGGCGGGACCGGCAGCUCCUGAACUCCACAGCUCCCUGAUGGAGCAGGCAGUGGCCAGGCAGAGCACCGGCCUACCAGCGAGUGAAGAAAAUGGUCACAGUCCAAAAUAUCAUCAACUGCAAGAAGAAAACCCGAAUUUUGCAAUUAAAGAACGUUCUGAGCAACUCCGUAAUGCUGAUAUGACUGAUGAGCUACAGGAACUUGAAAAAGCUUUUUCAACAAACGUCGUGCCAAUAAACUACCCCCACAGUGCUCAGGCUGAGUCGCACCAGGACGCUGUCCAGGGAGCCUCCCUGUCUGCUCAUGGAAACCAGGAAAAUGCUUUCAAAAACGAGAGUGGAUAUUCCUGCGUGACACAGGAAACACACGAGCUGGCAAAUACAGUUACUGUAGAUGAAACUGUAGCUUUUGAGAUUUCUGAUGAGAGCCAUGAUUUUUUGUCUCAGGGACACGAACAAAUUUUUAUUCAGACUUCAGAUGGGCUUAUCUUGUCUCAUCCAGACACUGCUGUUUUGUCUCAGGCAGAAGGCAUCGUUAUUGUGACUGAUUCCAGUGGUACGACAAUGCACAUUCGCACACCCGAAGGGAUACCUUUGGAAACAGUGGAAGCACUACUGGCAAUGGAAGCAGGUGGCCAAAGUGAAGAUAUUUUGCUCUCGCAAAGUGAAUUGGAGCCAUAAAUUAGAAAAUCCUAUAAGCUUUCUUCUGGAAAAGACUGGUUAUAAAAUGAAUAUUUUUCUAAUGUGAAUACUGAGAUAAUUGAAAUUUAACUUAUUUGUAAACUGUUUCUAUGCCCUGUACUUUUUAUAACUUAUGUUUAUAUAAAUUUAGCAGCAUUGCAACCAAAAAUUCUAGAAUUAACAUUGUUCUGUUUGCUUUAUAUGUUGGGGAUGGGUAGAAAGUGGAAAUCUUGUCAACCCUAAAACUUGCACUGUCUCCUUUUGUUACAUAAUUCCUUUUCUCUUUAGCCAUCUAAAAAUGCAGUAAGUUGUACUGCUGUUCAGCAGUGAUGUGCUGUGUACUGGCAAGCUGUAUAUGGGUAAAAUAAAAGCUAUGUUAAAAAUGUGCAUUUUCUGUGCCACUGAGAUUACAAAACACUGUUAUUGCACUUUUUAAAAGCUAUCUUGAAUAUUCAUUAGCAUCUAGACUUGAUGCACAUAAAUCUGCCUGGGAAAAUGAGCAGGUUUAAGUAUAAUCCACAAACUUGUGCAUUCUGGGAACAAUGUGACAGCCUAGCUGAUCCUUACUGAAAUAAGCAUUUGCUGAGUUGAGACAAAAAUAGUCUCAAACAAGAUCUGAUUUUUACUGAACAGUUGGAAAUGUAUUUAAGUUGCUUGUCUACUGUUCAGCCACACCUUUAAAAAUUGCUGUUACAUAGACAUAAAUGGGAAGGUGCAUAAGCAGUGAUCUAAUUUUCCCUAAUGAGGUACCAAAUUCUUUUUUUGCUUUAGUCUGUCAUGGUCUAUUUUUGUUAGAGUGGUAUUAUACUUUUUUUUUUUCCCCUUUCAGAUGAUGCAUCCUUUAUGAGUUCCACACUUCAGCCUUUCCAAUAACUCCAUGCUACCUUGUACUGUUUAAUCAUAAUACAAAGGGACUGUUGCUCUAGGCAGGGAGAAAACUUGGCAAAUUACUUGAAUUUUUGUCAUACUUUCAGUAUGAUCCUUGGAUCAGAUUAUAUUUUUGUGGAGACCCCCUACCAGCAUGUUGUCCAGAGCACUGUCUUUUCUUUCAAUAAGUUUAGCAGGUGAAAAAAAAACCAAACAACAUUAAAUGUGCAGACAUUACUGAAAAGUGGUAACAUAUCCUUAAAAUGUGUGUGUCACCUCAUUGCUGAAUAGAUGCAACUACUGGGACAAUCAGACAAGUCUACCAAGGACAGGAGAAUUGUUCUUAAACUGAGUAUGAGUACUGAUAUUUUUUUUUCAAGGUAUUGUUACCACUAAGAAAAAUGCUAAAAUUGAAUCCAAACAUAAGACAAUUUACAGAUUAAAUAAACUGUUCUACUAAACCAAAACCUUUAAACAUA